AGCCGUAUUCCUGUCCUGAGUGCGGGAAAUGUUUUUCACAGAAGUCCGGUCUUUACACACAUCAGAGAUCUCACACGGGGGAGAAGCCGUAUUCUGUCUCGAAGUGUGGGAAAUGUUUUUCACAGAAGUCUGAUCUUUACAGACAUCAGAGAUCUCACACAGGGGAGAUGCCAUAUUUCUGUCCUGAGUGUGGGAAAUGUUUUUCAUGGAAGUCCACUCUUUCCAAACAUCAGAGAUGUCACACAGGACACAAGCCGUAUUCCUGUCCAGAGUGCGGGAAAUGUUUUUUUUUUUCAAACAAGUCAAUUCUUUACACACAUCAAAGAUCUCACACAGGUGAGAAGCCAUAUUCCUGUCCAGAGUGUGGGAAAUGUUUUUCACACAAUUCCAGUCUUCACACACAUCAGAGAUCUCACACAGGGGAGAAGCCGUAUUCCUGUCCAGAGUGUGGGAAAUGUUUUUCAGACAAGUCCAAUCUUCACACACAUCAGAGAUCUCACACGGGGGAGAAGCCUUAUUCUGUCUGAGUGCGGGAAAUGUUUUUCACAGAAGCCCCAUCUUUCCAAACAUCAGAGAUCUCAUGCAGGAGUGAAAGCCACUUUCCUGUCCUGA